AUUCCAACUGUUUAUUCGCGGGGCGCGAGACAGUGUAUCUGUGUGUGUGUAUGUGUGUUAUGCGGAGGUUUAAAUCCGUCCUGUUACACAACUUAACGUUUCUUUUUUAAUUCGUUAUCAUCAGCUAAAAGUGACAUUUCGGACACAUAAUGCAGCGCAGCAUCGCAUCCUUCUUUCAGCCCAAGAGCAAAGACAAGGACAACGUCGUACAGAAGAAAAGCACAGAUGAACCAGCGAAAAAACCUUUGAAGAGCCCCCUCAAGGUGCAGAACGGCGCGCAGGAGGCCGAUUCACCUGUCAAGAAGGUUGCCAAGCGCAGCCGUCAAAUCCUGGACAGUGACGAUGACGAGACGCCCGUUGUUAAAGAACAAGUCUCUACCAAGGGACAAGGAGACAAAGAGGCCCCGAGUAAGACGGAAAAGAAGGAUGAUGUGUUUAAGGCAGUCCCAACACCCUUGUCUCCACCACCAGUUCCAGCCACCCCUGUAACACCUGCCACUCCAGCCACCCCGGCCUCUUCAGCUUCACCAGGAACGCCCAGCACUCCCAACUCCAUCUCCCCGUCUGGGAUCGUUAAGCGCAAGACUGCGAGGAAGAUGUUCCCCAAAAGGAAGCUUGACGAGAGCAGAAGUGGCAGCGAGAGUCAGAGAGAGGAGGCUGAUGCCAAGGAGGAGCAGGGUCAGCAAAAUAAACGACCCCGUGUGGAGCCCGUUGCUAACAGCCCAGGGAACCCCGGUGACCCCAUGGAGGAGGGAGCAAAGGAAGAACAAGUUGAAAAGCCAGUGACCAAGGAUAACAGCCCUGAUGAAGAGGAGAACAAGGAAAAAGAGGAGCGAGAGAAGGCCAAAGAGGAGAGGCGGGUCGAGAGAAAGAGCUCUGAUGAGGAAGAAAAGAAAGCUGAGGGGGCGGAAAAGAAAAAUGAAGCAAAGGAGAAGAUGGAUGAUGAGAAAGGGCCUGCCGUUGCCAAGAUGGAGGUGGAUGAAAAGGACACGAGAGAGGGAGAGAAGAGCCCGAAAAGUCAAGCAGCGAAAGAGCAGAAAGAUAAGGAGCAGGCCAAGAAAGCCCCCAUCAGCAGUUUCUUUGCUCCCAGAAAAGCCGCGGUGAAGACAGAGAAGCAAGAGAAGAAGGACGGAGAGAAAAGGAGGAGCGCAGAAAGGAAGAGUUCGGCGGAGGAAAGUAAAGAGACAAAAAGCGAGUCAACCUCAGGAGAAAAGGAUUACAAUCCAUCCAGGCCGGGUUAUCACCCCAUAGACCACGCCUGUUGGAAACAAGGCCAGAAAGUGCCGUACUUGGCAGUGGCUCGCACCUUUGAGAAGAUUGAAGAGGACUCUGGCAGACUGAGAAAUAUCGAGACACUGUCGAACCUGCUCCGCUCUGUGCUGCUGCUCUCUCCAGAUGACCUGCUGUGCUGUGUGUAUCUGUGUUUGAACCAGCUGGGUCCUGCUUACCUGGGAAUGGAGCUCGGCGUAGGAGAGACGGUCCUGAUGAAAGCUGUCGCACAAGCAACAGGGCGACAAUUGGACAAAAUCAAAGCAGAGGCCCAGGAGAAAGGAGAUUUGGGUCUCGUGGCCGAGAGUUCCCGUAGCAACCAGCGCAUUAUGUUUCAACCGGCCAGUCUGACGGCAGGGGGCGUGUUCAAGAAAUUGAAGGAAAUUGCCAGCAUGAGUGGGAACUCGGCCAUGAAUAAGAAAAUCGACAUCAUCAAAGGCCUCUUUGUGGCAUGCCGUUUUUCUGAGGCCCGCUACAUCGUCAGGUCCCUUGCUGGGAAGCUGAGGAUUGGCCUGGCUGAGCAGAGCGUCCUCUCUGCACUCAACCUGGCUGUGUGCUUGACCCCACCUGGACAAGGUUUCCCUCCUGCUGUGAUCGAUGCAGGGAAGGGGAUGAGCACCGAGAGCAGGCGGGCCUGGAUCGAAGAGAAGAGUCUGAUUCUCAAACAGACUUAUUGUGAGAUGCCCAAUUACGACAUCCUCAUCCCUGUUCUGCUCAAAGAAGGCAUAGACCAGCUACCCAACCACUGCAAGCUCACUCCAGGAGUACCUCUGAGACCCAUGUUGGCUCACCCCACAAAGGGUGUCGGCGAGGUGCUAAAGAAGUUUGACGAGGCUGCGUUCACCUGCGAGUACAAGUACGACGGCGAGCGUGCACAGAUUCACAUUCUGGAGAGUGGAGAAGUGCGAGUUUUCAGUCGCAACCAGGAAGACAACACCAGCAAAUACCCUGAUAUCAUCUCUCGCAUUCCCAAGAUGAAGAAGGACUCGGUGGUAUCCUGUGUCCUGGACACGGAGGCUGUAGCCUGGGAUCGUGAGAAGAAACAGAUCCAGCCAUUCCAGGUCCUCACCACCCGAAAGAGAAAGGACGUGGAUGCCUCGGAGAUCAAAGUGCAAGUGUGCGUGUACGCCUUUGACCUCCUCUAUCUGAACGGCGAGUCCCUGGUGCGACAGCCGUUGUGUCGGCGUCGGGCUCUGCUGAAAGAAAGCUUCUCAGAGGUGGAGGGAGAGUUUGUGUUCGCUCGAUCCAUCGACUCUGACAACACCGACGCCAUUGCCGAGUUCCUGGAGCAGUCUGUUCGAGAUUCCUGUGAGGGCCUGAUGGUGAAAACACUGGAGAAGGAUGCCACCUAUGAAAUUGCCAAGCGCUCUCAUAACUGGCUGAAGCUGAAGAAAGACUACCUGGAGGGUGUGGGCGACACAGUGGACCUGUGUGUGAUCGGUGCUUACAUGGGGAAAGGCAAGAGGACGGGCACCUACGGGGGCUUUCUGCUGGCCUGCUAUGACGAAGAGAACGAGGAGUUCCAGUCCGUCUGCAAGAUCGGCACAGGUUUCAAGGAUGAAGAUCUGGAGCAGCAUUAUAAGUUCUUAAAGGAUCAUAUUCUGCCCAAGCCUCGAGCCUACUACCGCGUCGACCAAUCAGCAGAGCCCGACGUGUGGCUCGAUGCCAUGCAGGUGUGGGAAGUGAAGUGCGCUGACCUGUCGCUGUCACCCGUCUACAAGGCUGCCCUGGGAUUGGUGGAUCCGGAGAAGGGCAUUUCUCUGCGCUUCCCCCGCUUUCUUCGAAUCAGAGAUGACAAAAAACCCGAAGACGCCACGACCGGAGCUCAGAUUGCAGAUUUGUACCAGAAGCAGCAGCAGAUCCAGAACCAGGGGGAGAAAGCUGACCCGGAGGACUACUACUGAUCGCCUGCAGUCAUCAGCGAAGAAUAAUAAAUAAACGAAAGUUUGGUGUAAUUGUAAAUAGCUGCUUUUUUGUAAUGUUGAAGAAAAAAAUAAAGACUCCUGCCAGUUUUA